AUGCGGCCUGCUGCCGGGCGCGGGGCCUGGGCGCUCCUGCUGCUGCUGGGCCUCGGGGCUCCGGGCCGGGCCUCCCACCCGCCUCCUCCGCAGGACGCCGAGUUCACCUUCCUGCUGCCGGCCGGGCGCCGCGAGUGCUUCUUCCAGGCCGCGCCGCCCAACGGCUCGCUGGAGCUCGAGUACCAGAUUAUUGGCGGAGCUGGACUGGACGUGGACUUCUCCUUGGAGAGCCCUUCUGGAGUGCUGCUGGUUGAGGAGUACCGGCGAUCGGAUGGGCUACACACCAUCGAGCCCACCGAGGCGGGGGACUACAAGCUGUGCUUCGACAACUCCUUCAGCACCAUCUCCGAGAAGCUCGUCUUCUUCGAGCUGAUCUUCGACAGCCCCCGGGAGGAAGAGGAGGACUUCAAUGGCUGGGCGGAAAUGGCAGAGCCGGAAGAGACCCUAGACGUGAAGAUCGAGGACAUUAAGGAAUCCAUCGAGAGGGUGAAGAGCCGCCUGGAGAGGAGCAUCCAGAUGCAGGCGCUGCUGAGAGCCUUCGAGGCCCGCGAUCGCAACCUGCAGGAGAGCAACCUCGGCAGGGUCAACUUCUGGUCUGCCGUCAACCUCAGCGUGCUGCUGGUGGUCUCCUUCCUCCAGGUGUACCUGGUGAAAAGUCUCUUCGAGGACAAGAGGCGAGUUUGGAUGUAGCCAGGAAGCCUCACCGGGCCCAGCCCUCACGCUCAGGGCUGUUUGAAGGCUGCUGCCCUUCCUGUCUCUCUACCAAGAAGGGUAUAAAAAGAAACGCCACGAUCAGGACUUGAGGAGAAAUUGAGCUGGAUAGACUGAGCUGUCUUAGACUGUGUUGGCAGGAAGCUGAGGAACAAAUUCUGGCAGCAGGGUCGGAAAAAGUGGAGCCAGGAGGCGGCUGCCGGGAAGGAAGAACAGACGCUGAUUUCUGUGCCUUGGACAUCUCAAUAAACUUUGCUUUCUCAGGG